UUAUAACAUUGACUAAAUAACGGGUAGUCUUGUCACGAUAGUGUCUGAAUUCGACUAGCCUCGUUGCUGAAGAUUAUGCUAAGUUAUUUGUAAACAACUAGCCUAUGCAUUUCAUCCACGGUUUCCACUAUUAAAAUGAUUCUUAAACUGUUAAUAGUUUGCCUGGGUCUGUUCUUAUUAUGAAUAGCAAUAUAACUCUUUAAAACGCUAAACCAUAUUAGCUAACCGAUGCAUUUUUAGAACCUCUUGGAUUCUUCUACGUGUCUUAUGCCUAUGACGUAUUCGGUUCAAAGUUGAAGGUUUUGGCGCUUUUUAUUUCUCGGUGUGUUACAUAAUCUACAGUUGCAUCACCUAUUUUACCAAAUAAGUGAAGAGACACGUUUAAUGAGUAGAACUUAGAGAAACCAACCGGAAGUUCAAGUGAUCAGUUUUUUCACAGCAGCAAAAUGGCAGAAUCUUCUGAUGAACAAAAUCCAUUAAACUGUCCAAUCUGUCUUCACCUUCUGAAGAAUCCAGUUAGUACAUCAUGCGGCCACAGUUUCUGUAUGGACUGUAUUAAUGAGUGUUGGGAUAGGGAUGACCAGAAAGGCGUUUACAGCUGCCCCCAGUGCAGGCAGACAUUCAGCCCAAGACCAGUUCUCAGCAGAAACACUGUGCUGGCUGAAGUUGUGGAGAGAAUGAAGAGAAAAGAACCAGAAGCAGGAACAGCCUCUCCUGUCCUGAGUUUUGCUGUGUCUGGAGACGUUGAGUGUGACAUCUGCACUGAGACCAAACUAAAAGCCAUCAAGUCUUGUCUGGUGUGUUUGGCUUCUUACUGUGAAUCUCACAUCAAAACUCAUUAUACAUCUCCUGCAUUAAAAUGGCACAAACUAGCCAAUGCCUCUCCACUUCUACUGGACCAGAUCUGCUCCCAACAUCAUAAACCACUUGAGCUGUAUUGUUCCCAAGAUCAGCAGUUAAUAUGUGUUCAGUGCGCUUUGAUCAACCACCAGAACCAUAGCAUGACUUCACCUGCAGCAGAAAGACAAAAAAUACAGGGGCGGUUGCAGGAAAAUCAAGAUGGCCUACAAGGAGAAAUACAUCAGCGAGAGUUGAAGGUGCAGGAAUUAAGAGAAGCUGUGGACUCUCAUAAGCACUCUGCAGAAGCAGCCGUGGAGCACAACGAGAAGGUGUUCACAGAGCUGAUCAGCUCAAUGGAGAAAAGACGAGUCAAGAUAACAGACAUGAUCAGAGCUCAGGAGAAAUCAGAAGUAAGCAGAGUUGAGGACCUCAUUCUAACAUUGGAGCAGGAGAUCAGUGAUCUAAGGAAGAAGCAUGCUGAACUGGGGCAGCUUUCUCUGAUAGAAGAUGACAUCUAUGUGAUUCAGAAUUUCUUAACCGUUUCCCGAUACCAAUGUUCAAAUUUGGGUGGCAUCUCCAUCAGCCAACAUCUGACAUUUGAGGAAAUAGAAACAGUUGUCAGUGAGCUCAAAAGCCAGCUGGAUGACCUCAGUGAACAAGACAUUGCGUGGAUAUCAGAGAAAAUUCCAACUAUCCAUAUAAUGGUGAAAAAUGAAAAGAUCGCAGCAUAUUUGCCAUCUAAACCCAAGACCAGAGAAGAAUUCCUUAUAUAUUUCUCUGACCUGAAUCUGAAUCGCUCAUCCGCCUGUACUCAGCUCUCUGUAAAUAAUAACAAGACUGUGUCAAGGCGUGAUGUUCAGCAAAGCUCAGAUUCAUUGAAUUUAAUGUAUAACUAUAAACGUACGUACCAGGUGCUGUGUAAUGAAAGGCUUUCUGGACGCUGUUAUUUUGAAGUUCAGUGGGGAGGAACAGGUUGCUCUAUUGCAUUCUCAUAUGACUAUAUUAAUAAAGGUGGAGGAACAUUUAUCUUUGGCUCUAACAACAGAUCCUGGAAAUUUAACUUUCCAACAGCUAAUCUUUGUGUAUUGAAUAAUGGCCAAGAGACCAACAUUAGCAUGGUCUCUAAAAUUGGAGUGUUUCUUGACCAAGAAGCAGGAACUGUGUCCUUUUACAAUGUCUCUGAUAAAAUGACCCUCCUGCACACAAUCCAGACCACAUUUUCUCAACCCCUCUUUACUGGGUUUUCAUUUAAGGGCUGGAAAAAUUACUCAUCAGUGACUAUUUGUGAUUUGCCAACAAACAUUACCAAAACAAACAUUACAUUGUGACUGCACAUGGGUCUAUCACAAAUGGACACUAAUGCAAGGCAAAAUAAAUCAUUUUAAUAAACAAAUUCUAUAGUGUGAUUUCAAAAUGUAUUUCUAAUGCUAAUGGUCACAUUCUUUGCCUUGUCAUACUACAUUGUUACAGCAUUAUCUUUAUUUAUGUUAAUUGCAUCAAAGAAAAGGCUAAAUUAGUCUAUUAAUUAAUAGCUUUCAAACCUUAUUGCUGGAUAUGUGCUGGUCAAACAAGUAAUUAAAAAAAUAAAAAUAAGAAAUAGAUGAUUUCUGUUGUUUUUGAAAUUGCAGCCACUUUCUCUUCUGCCAUUUUUGAUGUGACUGCAUGAAAAAUGUCAUGUUGUGAGAUGACCUAUGUCUUUUGUUUUGUUCCUUUUCCUGAGAUUUCACUUGCCAUCUCUGCUACUCUAGAUUUUACAGUUUAUGCUAAAUGUUUGUUUGAUUCACCAAUUUCCUUUAAAAAUAGUGAAUUGAGGUUGAACUUGAGGUUGAGGUUGUGUGUAUAUAUAUAUAUAUUACAACAGAACCAUGAAUUAAAUGUAUCCAUUCUCA